AUGGACGGCAAAGGCUCCUACCAGGUGAAGGGCUGGAAGCUCACACAGCAGCAGUUUGUGGCCCUUCUGUGGAAGAGGCUGCUGAUUGCCAGACGGAGUCAGAAGGGAUUCUUUGCUCAGAUCAUCCUGCCAGCUGUGUUUGUCUGCAUUGCCCUGGUGUUCAGCUUGAUCGUGCCCCCCUUUGGCAAGUACCCCAGCCUGGAACUUCAGCCUUGGAUGUACAACGAACAGUACACAUUUGUCAGAAACAUGCCCUGCUCUGUGGGGGAAGAGGAGUGGACCACCGCUCCGGUCCCCCAGACCAUCAUGGACCUCUUCCAAAAUGGGAACUGGACGAUGGAGAACCCCUCACCCACCUGCCAGUGUAGCAGUGACAAAAUCAAGAAGAUGCUGCCGGUGUGUCCCCUGGGGGCAGGGGGGCUGCCUCCUCCACAGGAGGAGCAUGUCAUGGACAUCCUUGUGUCCAUCUGUGUCAUCUUUGAGAUGAGUGGGUCCGUGAGGUAG